GUCUAUUACUCUUAAUUUACGGAACAGAAAACAAAAAUGGAAAUAAGAGUCAGAGGGGGGUUGGCCAUGUGAUUCAAGACGCACAAAACGGUGUCGUUUGUUUUCUUUAGAGAGAGAGCCGUUGCGGGAAAUUUCAAUUUUCUUUUCAAAAACAAAGAAAAUAAUGAGCGCCGAGGAAGGAGAUUGGAAUUUCUAUCUCCGAACUGUAUCGAACAGUGCCAGGGACUCCAAUAUCACCAAUGGCCCUGCCUCCGAUCCUUCUCUCCUUCACGCCGUUAAAAAGCUCUGCGAGUUUUGCAAGCGAGAAGAUAAAACCUCCGAUGAUUUGGUUGCUAGGGUUUACCCUCAUCUCAACAAGCUUUUCCAACGAUCCGUUGCUUCCCUCUCUCAAUCUAACUCUUCCAACGGACUCCUCUUACUGGGAAUUCUUCAAUUUUUCCUUGAUUUUGGAGAGGUGGUUCUACAUGAUGCUGAUCCAAGUUUGCAUACAUUCAUCCGUUCAUGUUUGAGCCGUGAGUUUGCAGAUCCUAUUGUUGCAGCAGCAACUCUUGAUUUUCUUUAUGUAAACAAGAACAAACUUCUCAUAUCUUUCCCCAACCUACUACCUCAGUUUUUCCCUUUGAUUCUGAAGCUGACUGCAUGGAAUGGAGGAAAAUUAGAGAAGCCAUUUCUCAAGGUUCUACCAGGAUUGGUGUCACCUGGGUCAUUUCUCCCACUAUUUCCAUCUUUAAUGGACUUGCCAAUCUUGGUUGUGGCUUUGGAAAAGGUAGAACGAAGCUCAGGAUCACUAGUAGGAAACAAUAUAGCUUCGAUCCAAAAGAGUAAAGCUCCUGAGAUGCUACUUGCUCUCAUGGAUGAGGCUUAUACUGGUACUACCAUUGGGGAGAGAGGGGGAGAUGAAUCUGAGGAAAGCAGUACAAUAAAUGUGGCUGACCCUCUGUUUCUUGAACUUCUCAAGGAUGAAAAUGAUGGCCUUGUUGAACGCCACUGGACUUCACCUGGGAUUGCUGCAGUGCUACAGGCUGCAAAGAACAGCCCUCAGUCUGAUAGAUUGAAGCAAAUACUCAACAUAGCACCUCGGCUUCUUGAUGCGUAUUUCACUAUAGCUUUGCGUGAUGCAAAUAGCUCAUUAAUCUGUGCAUUAAUUCCCAUUCUGAUGACAAGGAUUUCCGCACUGUUUCCCGACCAGAACUAUAUGUACGAGGUUCGUAGAAGGCUUCUAGAAUUCAUGCUUGCCGCAUUUCAUCGUUCUCCAGAUCUUAUACCACUCUUGAAGAAGCCUAUAAUCGACAGACUCGGGAAUGCAUAUGACAGCACAGAAAAGACAGAACUGGCAUUACAAUUGUGUUGGGCUGUAGGCGAGUAUGGUGGGGGUGGUCCAACUCACAAAGAUGCUGCUAGAGAACUUUUUGAAAGUCUAGAGCUACUUUUGUAUGAAAAUCUUUCAUCCAGUCGUCUAGGUCUGAGACAGGAAGCUGCGGUCGAUUCUAACCGUAAGAGCUUCAGUAAGUCAUCACAAUCAAGGCUUCUAUGUUUUGUUAUCACAGCUAUCACUAAGCUCGCCACUCAUCACCGUGAACUAUUGCCAAGAGCACGCGUAGCCUUGAUCAAGGUUGCUCGAUCUCGAAUAUCAGAUUCAAAGGUGUCGAAGCGAGCUCAAGUUUAUUUGGGAUUAAUUGAUGAGCCUGGUAUUUGUUUGCCUGUCUUGGGACCUUCCCGCCCUUCACAUGGAUUCGUGCAUUAUCCAGGCACUGUCAACUGGAAUGAAGGAGGCAACAAAAUGGUCGCACAUAUCCCGUUUUACAUUCUCGGCGAACAGGAAGGUCCACCCUUCCAUGAUUUUUCACUAUCAGAUGUUCUUCCAAGAAGAUGAUAAAGCUACAUAGUAAGGUAUCUUUGGAGUCCAGAGUUUCCUAUUUAUAGAAGGAUAAGUAAAAUUCGAUUCAAAUUUAUUUUCUUAUUUAAAUAAGUGUCUCUUUUAUUCUUAUGGUUAAAGUGAUUUUAUAUAUUAAUAUUUAAAUAAGUGAUUCUAUUAAACCACUUGUUAGAUAAUGUGUAUAGUCAUCAAAAUGUUUCAUGUUGACAUAUAUUAAUAUUUACAAUUAUUGGAUGAUGAAAUUUUGGUUUUAUAA